AAAAAACACAAAAGAUACAGAACAGUGGUAAGUCCCUGCAGAGAGAGUUGUAUGCUAUCUGGAAAUAUGGCUGGACAUAUUGGGAAAGUGGAAGCAUUUGACAGCUCAAUAGAGGACUGGGCUACAUAUAUAGAGAGACUGGAACAGUAUUUGGAAGUAAAUGACAUACCCCUAGAGAAACAUGUGGCAGCAUUACUCAGUAUAAUAGGGGGCAAAACGUACAGCCUUGUGCGCAACUUAACAGCACCAGAAAAACCAUCUUCUAAAAGCUUUAAAGAAAUAGUGCAAAUUGUUCAGGAACACAUGUCACCUAAGCCCCUGGUUAUAGCAGAAAGAUUCAGAUUUCACAAAAGGAACCAGCAGGAGGGUGAGACAGUUUGUGUGUUUGCAGCAGAGUUAAGGAAACUGGCAGAACACUGUGAUUUUAAGGAUGGACUGAAUGAUGCACUAAGGGACAGAUUUGUAUGUGGUUUAUGCAGUGAAAACAUACAGAAAAGGCUGCUAACAGAGGAUAACAUCACAUUUAAACGAGCAAUAGAAAUUGCAGUAGCAAUGGAGACCGCUGCUAAGGACACAUUAGAAUUACAGAACAGAAGCAAAGCAGAAACACUAGAGAAAGCAGCAACUGAUGUGCAUAGAGUGGUGGCAGGUCAAAAUAAAAGAUAUUCUAAUCAGAAUUCUGGAUCUUGCUACAGGUGUGGGAAAGGAUUCCAUAAUGCAGCAACCUGCAAAUUCAAGAAUGCUUACUGCAGAAAAUGUAAUAAAAAGGGCCAUAUCCAAGCAGUAUGCCUAAGUGACAAAAUGAGCUUCCCUGUUUCAAAACAGCCUUUUACAAAUACACAUGAUGUUCAUAAUGCUUGUUUAGCUGAUAGCACUGAUUCUGAACUUGGAAGUAUUGAUGUGUAUCAUGCAGAUACCGGUGACCGAUCUGUCAUCUGGCUAACACCAAAAAUAGCUGGUAUUCCAGUUAAGAUGGAAUUAGACACAGGGUCUGCUGUGUCAAUAAUAACACACCCGGAAUAUAAAAAAAUAUUUAAAGACACACCUCUUCAGAAAACAAAACUGCUACUAAAAACAUACACUGGACAGAAGAUAGUGCCACUUGGAGUUUUAAAUGCUGAGGUAGAGUACAACAAUUUUAAAUGCCAGCUGGACUUAUAUGUGGUGGAGACAGGUGGUCCUGCAUUAUGGGGCCGGGAGUGGUUACACAAAAUACCCAUUGACUGGAAAUCCAUAAAAAUGUUACAUGCAGUGUCUGCUGAUAACACCAAACCAGUGGAACAAUUAAAGGCCAUUUUAGCUCAAGCCUCAGAAGUAUUUAAAGAAGGCAUGGGUACUUUAAAACACAUCAAGGCUAAUAUAUGCCUUGAGGAAAAUGCACAGCCCAAAUUUCACAAAGCUCGUCUAGUGCCUUAUAGUAUUCGUCCAAAAGUGGAAGCAGAAUUGGAUCGUCUAGAACAAGAUGGAGUAAUUUCAAAAGUCUCCUGGAGUGACUGGGGCACACCUAUUGUGCCUAUUAUAAAAAGGGAUGGUUCAGUUAGAAUAUGUGGAGAUUUUAAAGUUUCCAUUAACCCAGUUCUACAGUCUGAUAAGUAUCCCUUACCUUUGAUUGAGGAUAUAUUUGCCUCUCUUGCGGGUGGACUAAAAUUCAGCAAAAUUGAUCUUGCUCAAGCCUACUUACAAAUGGAGGUAGUUGAAAAUGCCAAACACUACCUUACAAUCAACACGCCAAAAGGACUAUACCGAAACAACAGAUUAGUAUUUGGCGUGGCCUCUGCACCUGCCAUAUGGCAAAGAGCCAUGGAUCAAGUUCUACAAGGCAUUCCACAUACUAAAUGUUAUCUGGAUGACAUAAUUGUGACAGGCACAGAUGAUACAGAACAUUUGGAAAACCUAAAGAGGGUUCUAACACGGCUGGAAGAAUAUGGGCUAAGAGCCAACAAAGAAAAAUGUGCCUUCUUUAAGGACUCUAUACAAUAUUGUGGACAUAUUAUAGAUGCCAAUGGCUUGCACAAGUCUCCAGAGAAAAUCCAAGCAGUGUUACAAGCACCACUGCCCAAGGAUGUAACACAGCUCAGAUCGUUUUUGGGAUUUAUUAAUUAUUACAGCCGGUUUGUUCCAAAUCUUGCAACUGUGCUAUACCCAUUAAAUCAAUUGCUGCAGAAAGGUCAAAAAUGGGAGUGGACUGUACAGUGUGACAAAGCCUUCAAGGAAGCAAAGACAUUGGUCACGUCUGAUGAUGUACUUGUGCAUUUCAAUGCUUCCUUGCCAUUAAAACUGGCAUGUGAUGCUUCCCCAUAUGGCAUUGGAGCUGUGAUAUCUCAUGUUCUCCCAGACAAAAGUGAAAGGCCGAUAGCAUUUGCUUCAAGAUCACUCACAAGUGCAGAACGCAACUAUGCACAGAUAGACAAGGAAGCACUUAGCCUUAUCUGGGGAGUGAAAAGAUUUAAUCAAUUCUUAUAUGGCCGGAAGUUUACACUCAUAACAGACCAUCAGCCAUUGGUUGCAAUACUUCACCCAAAGAAAGGAGUUUCUGCAACAGCUGCGCGCAUGCAGCGCUGGGCUUUGUUUCUUGCUGGUUAUGACUAUGAUAUUGAGUUCAAGAGGACAGCUGCACACGCAAAUGCAGAUGGACUGUCACGUCUGCCACUACCAGAUCAAGACAGUUCUGAGGAAAAUUCUGAAUAUGUUAAUGUACAUCAGAUUGAUUGUCUUCCUCUAACCUGUAAAAUGAUUGAGAAUGAAACCAAAAGAGAUCCCACUCUAGCAUGUGUCUAUGAGGCAACUCUUAAAGGCUGGAAAUAUACAGACAAGGCCCCACUAAUUCCUUACUACUCACGUAGACAUGAACUGACCAUACAUAAAGGAUGUGUAAUGUGGGGAGUUCGUGUUGUUAUUCCCACAAAGUUGCAAUCAAGAGUACUAGAUGAGCUGCAUGAAGGCCAUCUAGGCAUAGUAAAAAUGAAGUCACUUGCAAGGAGUUUUGUGUGGUGGCCAGGAAUUGAUCAACAAAUAGAGCAACUAGCAAACAAGUGCAUUGGAUGUCAAGAGGUGCAGUCUAUGCCACAACCAGCUCCAGUUCAUCUGUGGGAAUGGCCCUCUGCUCCUUGGCAACGUAUACACAUUGAUUUUGCUGGACCAUUUCUGGGACUGAUGUUUUUCAUUAUUGUGGAUGCUCAUUCUAAAUGGCCAGAGGUUUUCUGCAUGAAGUCUACUAGUACCUCAUAUACUAUUGAUAUAUUGAGAACCUUGUUUGCAAGAACUGGAAUACCUGAACAGAUUGUUAGUGAUAAUGGUCCUCAAUUCAUUUCUGAAGAAUUUCAAUUGUUUAUGAAACGCAAUGGAAUUAAACAUUCUACUUCAAAUCCAUACCAUCCUGCAACAAAAGGUUUAGCUGAAAGAUUUGUACAAACUAUGAAACAGUCACUGCGGUCAAUAGCACAUGACAGUGGAUCCCUGCAGCAUAAACUGGCAAGGUUUUUGUUAUCCUAUCGGAAUUCAAUUCAUACAACUACAAGCUGUACACCUGCAAUGUUAUUGAUGGGCCGCAAUCUUAGGUCUCGGUUAGACUUGCUGAAACCAGAUCUCAAUCGUCAUGUGAGAAACCACCAAUUUAAAAUCAGGGGAGGAGAGAGGAGAACCUUGCGGCAGCUUAGUGUUGGGCAAACCGUCUUGGCAAGGAACUACAGAGGGCCUAAUAAAUGGCUACAAGCAAUUGUCACUGCUCAAAGAGGUCCAUGCAGUUACACGGUAAAAGUGGCAGGCAAUCUAUAUUGGCGUCAUCAUAUUGACCAGCUACGUAAUACUGCAGUUACCACUGAGCAAAACCAGACACAAAGCCUUGUUGGAAUUCCCUAUACUAAUGGGGUACCCCUUGAGCCCCAGAUUGUGACAUCACCAGAGGUAACAACCCCUGCAAGUCCAACCGAAAUGGAGAGUACAUACUCUGAAGCAUCGGUGGUACCUGAUUGUUCCGAGCACCAGUUUCCUUCCAUAGAAGAGGGCAACAUUUCUAGGCGUUACCCACAAAGAGAGCAUCGACCUCCUGAUAGACUUAACUUAUAA